GCUCUUUCAGAUCCCUCACCUUCGGAAGAGGUCUUUCGCCGAAACGGCCCCCGGGCCGUCAUCCUAGGCAAGUAUCUAUACAUCGACGGAGGUUACGUCUCAGGGCCAGCGGCUCCGAAGUGCUGCACGACCACCAAAGACACGUUCGCUAUCGAUAUAUCCAAGUCUUGGGACCCGAAAGACGCAAAAUUUCUGAAACUUGCUAGCGAAACAAGAAAGAAAGGCGUUUAUAGAAGUGGCUUCGUUGCCGACGAAAACAAGCAAGCAAUCUAUCUCUGGGGGGGUAGGAGAGAUAUCAAACCAUUGGACCGCCAGCUUUGGAAACUCGUGCCCGAUGGCAACGGGAACGGCACAUGGAGUUCCGAAAUCACCACGGGUAUUGCCGGGCUGGUCAGUACCGAGUCUAGUGCUCAUACUGUAGCGCAGGGCUUGGGGUUCUGGUUUGGAGGUGGCAUAAAUGAGCUGACUGAACGUACAUCGAACGCAGCGGCUAUAGGAACAUCGGUUUCUGGAUAUGUCACCUAUAACUUCACCGCGAAGACAUGGACGAACCAUACCGAUGUACCUGAUGCAAUCAAGAGUCCAUGGGCUGCUACGGCCACUUAUAUUCCCGACGUUGGACCUAAUGGGGUAAUAGUUCUUAUUGGUGGUUUGAGCAGUACGAACUCCCCUCUUGCUAUCGAUUUCGGAACUAUCUACCUCAUGGACCCGGUGACUAUGGUGUGGUAUAAUCAAAAGGCCUCGGGUCAUUUACCCGCCCGUCGAAUGGAUCACUGCGCAGUAGGCGUACAGGGAGAUAACAAUACCUACGAAAUUUUUAUGUAUGGUGGGGCCAGGGAUGCCAGCGACGAGGCGGGAAAGGACACGCCAUUUGGUGAUGUUUGGGUGCUGAGUCUCCCAGGAUUCGUUUGGCACCAGGCAGAUGGGGCAGGAAUUAACCCCAGAACACAUCAUGCCUGCGUACGUGCUGGGAACCGACAGAUGCUGAGCAUUGGUGGUGUAAAUACGACAGGAUCAGAUGGGAUGAGUACCAAGGACUCCUUGCCUCAAGGCCUGGGAAUCUUCGAUAUGACGAGAAUGGAAUGGAAGGAGACCUACAAUGCCGAUGCUGAGCCAUAUGCAACUCCAGAGAUCAUAAAGAAGUGGUAUGCCGAUGGGUGA